AGAGGAGAAAAAUUGACGCGUGUCUCCAAUGAUUUCUCCCUCUUUAACAUGCAAACUAAGUAAUUGUCUUUAAUUUCACAUCCUUCAAAGCAAACAAAGUAAUUAUCUGUUUUCUGUGGAAUGAAUACACAUGAUUCCACGAAUGAAUGAGGCCACUGAGCUCAGCAAUUGAAAGCUCGAGGCAUGCUUUGUAUAAAAUCUUUAUAACCCAUUGUCAGACUAUCAAAUUAGGAGAGAUAGCAGAUAUUUACACUGCAAACAACAUUCUCAGUCAAUACACGAGAUGCCGCUGGGGAGGAGUAACUAUCGCUUUGAAACUGUUCGACGAAAUGCCCCAAAGAGAUACCGUUACUUGGAACACAAUGAUUGCUGGUUAUGUCAAUUCUGGAAACUUCGGGGCUGCUUGGGAUUUGCAUAAAUCUAUGAAAAGAUUAGGUUUUGAGGCUGAUGCCUAUACUUUUGGAAGUAUACUUAAAGGAGUUGCUCAUGGUUGUAAUCUUGAUCUUGGACAGCAACUGCAUUCCUUGAUAGUUAAGAUUGGUUUUGAGGAGAAUGUUUAUGCCGGAAGUGCUCUUUUGGACAUGUAUGCGAAGUGUGAGAGACUUGAUGAUGCGUUUGUUGUGUUUCAGUGCAUGCCACAGCGUAAUUCUGUCUCGUGGAAUGCACUUAUUGCUGGUUUUGUACAAAAAGGCGAUCGUGACACUGCAUUUUGGUUAUUAGAUUGUCUGGAAAUAGAAGCGGUUAGUCCUGAUGAUGGAACUUUUUCUCCACUUCUUACCUUGCUUGAUGAAGAUAGGUUUUACAAGUCAACAAUGCAGCUUCAUUGUAAAAUUAUAAAAUAUGGUGUGGAUUUUGAUAACACCGUAUGCAAUGCCACAAUAACUUCAUACUCGGAAUGUGGUUCUUUAGAGGAUGCAGAAAGAGUUUUUGGUGGUGCUUUUGGCACCCGAGAUGUAGUUACUUGGAAUUCCAUGUUAGCAGCUUACUUAACACAUGAUAGGAAAGAAGUUGCCAUUAAACUAUUCCUUGACAUGCAACAGUUUGGGUUUGAGCCAGACAUUUAUACUUACACCAGUGUUAUAAGUUCUUCUUCACAUAAAGAUCAUGGAAAAUCUUUGCAUUGCUUGGUGAUCAAGAGGGGGCUAACAAAAUCUGUGCCCAUAUGUAAUGCAUUAAUAGCUAUGUAUCUUGAACCUAAUUAUAAAUCCAUGGAAGAUGCAUUACAUGUGUUUCAUUCCAUGGAAUCGAAGGAUCGUGUCUCCUGGAAUUCCAUUUUGACUGGAUUCUCACAAACUGGAUGUAGUGAAGAUGCGCUGAAAUUCUUUGAGCAUAUGAGAUCUUUGGGGGUCGAAAUUGAUGAUUAUGCAUUUUCUGCGGCUCUUAGAUCUUGCUCGGAUUUAGCAACACUCCAACUAGGCCAACAAAUUCAUGUCUUGGUAGUUAAAUCAGGCUUUGAGAUGAAUGACUUUGUAGCUAGUUCAUUGAUUUUCAUGUAUUCUAAAUGUGGGAUCAUUGAGGAUGCUCGAAAAUCUUUUGACGGGAGUACCAAAAAUAGCUCGAUUACUUGGAAUUCCAUUAUGUUUGCCUAUGCACAACAUGGACAGGGUGAUGUUGCAUUGAACCUCUUCUUCCAAAUGAGGGAGAGGAUGGUGAAGGUGGAUCAUAUAACUUUUGUCGCAGCUUUGACUGCAUGUAGCCACGUUGGAUUGGUCGAACAGGGCCGCUAUUUUCUAAAAUCUAUGGCAUCAGAGUAUGGCAUUUCACCUCGGAUGGAGCAUUAUGCUUGUGCAAUAGAUCUUUUUGGUCGAGCUGGGCAUCUAGAUGAGGCAAAAGCCUUGGUGGAAUCGAUGCCACAUAAACCUGAUGCAAUGGUGUGGAAAACCCUAUUAGCUGCCUGCAGGGCUUGUGGAGACAUAGAAUUAGCUGCUCAAGUAGCAAGUCAUCUACUAGAGCUAGAGCCUGAAGAGCAUUGCACUUACGUUAUACUCUCUAACAUGUAUGGAGAUCUUAGAAGGUGGGAUAAGAAAGCGCACAUAACGAGGUUGAUGAGGGAGAGGAAGGUGAGAAAGGUCCCUGGUUGGAGUUGGAUAGAGGUUAAGAAUGAGGUUCAUGCUUUCAAUGCUGAUGAUAGAUCACACCCUAAUUACGAAGAGAUGUAUCAGAUACUGGGAGAACUGAUCAGCGAAAUCAAGUGGUUGGAUUCUGUUGCUAGUUUAGAUUGUUUGAUUGAUGAUUCUUAUCACAUGUAAGGAUACUUCAGCCAUAGAUGCUGGCCAUUUGUAUUAAUUAUUCAUUAAUUCUGGGAAUAAGUAGAUUCAUUAUCCUUAAUUCCUUAUGAA